GAAAAACUGGUGAAUGAGAACAAGACGCUUUGCAGAAUUGAACCGUGCUCAGCAACUCCAGAGCUCCGUUCCCAUUACGACUGGAUGAUUCUGAAGGGACUGCGGUGGAUUCUAAAGUCUGUAACCCUCAGCUACUCAGCGCUCAACGCUAGCGUCCUACAAGAAACCACGGAGCAAAAAGAAAGUAUACAUCACAGAACCGCCGUAAAACCAUGGAAUGUCAGUGAUCUGCCAAAAUGGAAGGUGACCGAUGAGGAAAUCACGGACCUUCACAAACCAUUCCCGUGUGGCAAAAAAAGAGCCCUGAAGCCCAUACAGAAUAUACUGACACAGGUAAUAAAUAGAUAA